UUCAUUUUUGCUGGAAAAUAGCUGCAACCAUGCACAAAUGAUGCUAGGAACUGGUUUUUUAUCCAGCUCUGCUUGUACCGAUCCGGAUUACAGUUAUAGCCCGAUAUUACAUUCGGCGUCUUAUCCGAUGUUAAAUCCUUGUAGACAUCGUUGUCUCAAAUACUCCCAUACCUAUUCUUCAUUAAAUUCCCCUUGUUCUUACCACCAGCCGUUCACUUCUCGAUGGAAUUUGGAAUCUUUGCUCGGCCGAUUCUUAAUUCUCUUUUUUCUAUUUUUACGGCCCCCUGCAUUUCAUUUUCACUUUUAUAUUUUCCACCAAAACACUAGGUGGCAUUGGGUUGACAACAGAGCAUUUUCCGAGGCUUAAAAGCAGUUAUGCUUUGAAAAUAUUGAAUAUACCCUACAGGUGUUCGACGAAAUUCCUGGCGUUUGGUGAAAGAUGGAGGGUUCAUUAAGGUACAGCAGGAGAAGUAGUGGAUAUGAGCCUUCGGAUACCGAGACUGAUUUUCCAAACAGUCCCAGGCGUGAGUGGGAUACAAAUGUAGAAUUCCAAAAUAUGGGCAAUGAUCAAGGUAGGAGCACUAGCCCUCUGAGAACUCUUAAACUUGAGGCUCCUCCUCGAAGAAGGCAUAGCAAGUCCCCAUAUAAAUCACAUGGAGAAGAUGGUAAUGCUCGUUUGGUCUUACAUAAUUCUGAUUUACGCAGAAAUAUUAGUCCACUUCCACGUAGAACUCAUUCUGUCGGUGGAAAUGUUAGUCCAUUUUCAAAAUUUGAACGCAGGAAGAAUCCUGAUGAUAGGGGAAAUGUUAGUCCAUUUACAAAAUAUGAAGGCAGAACCAAUCCUGAUGAUAGAGGAAAUCUUAGUCCAUUUUCAAAAUCGGAACACAGGAUCAAUCCUGAUAAUAGAGGAAAUGUUGGCCCAUUUUUUAUAUCUGAACGCAGGAGACAUGUUUCUUCAUACAAACGUGGCGAAGAGGAUGGUGAUUUGCACGAUGAUGAGACUGUCGCCCCUAAUGGAAAACAAAGUCUUAAACUCGUUAAUCAUGAUGUGAGGAUGAUUGAGAAAUCCAAUCAUAGUAGGAGAGCAGUUUCUGCUCCUAGAUCAAAUUUGAGAGAGAAGGACCUAAGGAUCAAGUAUGAACACGAUGAACAAAGAAAAGGGGAUAGGACUUCCUCCCCCUUGCCUCAGAAGGAGAUAGAUGCUUCUCAUAAAUAUGGUCCUUCAAUUGGUGAAAUUAAUGAAAUUGUUGCAAAUGCCAAAAUUUCAAAAUGGUUGGAUAGCCGUGCUCCUGCUUCCAACUUUGAGAGCACAGAUUCCAUCUCUCCUGGAGACAUUUUCUUUUCGCGGGAAUAUACUGCCAUUCCUAGUGUUGGCUUUCCGAGAAAUGGUGGUGUUGAUCGAAGAGGAUUUCACCCAAAGCCUCAAGUUCUUGUUGAUAGAAAUGCCGGUUCUCAUCUAGGCAACAAGUUGAAUUUCAAUCUCAACAACAAUUCUCUCUUGGCAUCACAAAUGACUGCAAACUCUAGCGCUGCUGUAAGUAGACAGACCAGUCAUAUUAGCGACUCUAUUGGCAGGACGAGUGUAAGUACAAAAAAAUUCAUUGCAAACAGGCGAAAGAGCCAAACAGAAGCAUGGUUUUCUUGUCUCAAGAAAGGAUCUUGCCGGACCAGCAAUAAAUCUCCAGAAAAAGACAGGCCUUUUGAUGAGACUUCAUUUAUUGAGAAGGCAAUUGUGAUUGAGAACCUGAGACCAUUUUGGGCUGAUAAACAUCAGCCUGCUUCAUUGAAUGGAUUCACUUGCCACAAGAAAGAAGCUCUGCUUCUUCAGCAACUUGUGUGCAACGAAAUCUUUUCACACAUCUUACUGAAGGGGCCUCCAGGUGCGGGUAAAAAGGCACUUACUAUGGCUUUUCUUCAUGAAAUAUAUGGAGACCCUGUUUGGAAUAUAUCUCAUGACUUAAGAUACUUCCAUAUCCUGGAAUCAAGGCCCACGCAAGUAAUAGUUCCUGUAAGCUCAAGUGCUCACCAUGCGGAGCUCAAUGUUCACUUGGAGCCUAAAUCUGCGUAUGCACUAACUGCUUUAGUCAAGCAAAUAAGCAGUGAAUAUGCAGUUCCCCCUGAAAUUAGCACAGUUGGGAUGAAGACAGAUUAUAAAGUAUUGGUUCUCUACGAUGUUGACAAAGCAGCAGAGAACAUACAGCACCUAGUAAAAUGGAUCAUGGACUGUUAUUCUGAUUCUUGUAAACUUAUCCUUUGCUGUGAAGAUGAUGUAGACAUCCUUGAAUCGGUAAAAAUCCGCUGCAAAGUUAUCAAGGUUGAAGCCCCUGUGACUCAUGAAGUAGGUUUUAGAUCUUAACCCAUGUACUUUUAAGCUUAUCGAUUCACAAAUUCAUGUAGGUGAAUGAAUUCUCACACAUAACAACUGCAAACGCAUAUUCCCGAGCAAAUGGAUUAUCUUUCUUUUUCUUUUUGGUCAAUCCUUAUGUGGUUUACAUAAAGUCACCAUUCGA